GGCGGGGGAAGAGAAAAGAGCGGACGCGGCGCCGCCGCCAUUGCACAGGUUCCGCUCCCGCCGCCGCCAUUCCCGGCCCGUCCCGGCCAUGUACCGGCCGGGAUUCCGCGCACCGACACCUCCCUACGCGGGCGGCGGCUUCCGGAGCCCUCCCUCCAGCGGAGGACCCUUGCCGCCCUCUCCGCGGGGCUACGGGAGCCCCCACCACACGCCGCCCUACGGCCACCGGCCCGGGCCGUACGGCAGCGGCCUCUCGCCCCGAGGCCCCGGGUUCCACGGGCGCUUCGGGAGCCCCUCGCCGGGGGCGCAGACCCCGCGCAGGCCACAGAGCGUCAGUCCCCGAUACUCGGCUCCGUACGGCGGCGCGUCCCCGGCCGGAGCGCCUCUGCACCCGCCGCCGCAGCACAAGCGCUCGCCCGGCGGCUUCCAGAGGCACUUCCAGGGAUCACCCAGGACAUCUACUCCAUUUGGUACAGCGCAUGGCAGAGAGAAAAGAGUGUCUAAUGAUGUGGAAAACUAUUACAGACCUUCAAUGCUUGAGGACCCAUGGGCUGGCCUAGAGCCAGUGUCUGUUACAGACAUAAACCAGCAAUACAGCAGUGAGCAAACAACAUGUACUGGUAAAAAAGGGAGGUAUUUCAGCUAACACUUUUAAAGGCCAAAUAAUUCCACCUUGUCAGGAAAACUUUGGGACAGAAUCUUUACACUUACACAAGAUGAACAAUAAUCAAGACCUUAGAUAAUACUUUUAUUUCGCCACAUGUCCACCCUUUUAUCCUACCUUUUUUAAGUGCAUUGGAUAUUUUUAUGUAUGGGAAGCAAAAGGAGUGGUAGGAAAACUUAUAUUUCUGGCUAUGUGGAAGUGCCUACCAGCUCUGAAGAACAAAGUGUUCUUUAAUCACCAGCGACUGAUUUGUGACUGUUAAAAGUUUCCAUAUACUUACCUCUCUCAUGCCAGGUUGCUAGCCUUCUAUUGUAAAGUCUUUUAGGAAGUGGUAUUUUUUAUGUUUCAGCAUUUUUAGAUUGAAAUAACUUGGAAAUAAAAUAAAGUUUUGUAAAUCCUUGUUUUGUAAUGUAUAAAGAAUAUUUUAGGAGCUUUGUUAAGCUGAACACAUUAACCCGGUAAUUCACAACACUGAAAUUAGGUGACUUCUGUAAGUGUGCUUGUAUGCUGUGGUUAACAUCUGGUUUUGUGCAUAAUAAUUUUUGUUAAUUGCAGUGUAAUGUGAAGUUGAAACAUGACUUCCAGCCAUCUCAGGAAACAAAUGUAUUGGUUUUGGAAAGUUUAAUUUGUUGAACAAACUUGAGUCACAAACCUGAUUCUGGAAUUAUUUGCUUUUGUGUUUAAAAAUAUCUAUAUAUUUGGAUCAAUUUUAGAAAUUUCUGGAUUAUAGUAACAAGCCUGUUCAUUGUCAAUUUAAGUCUAAAGAACGCAUAAAACAUCAAACUUAAGUAAAUGCAAAUGUUCUUUCUGCAUCCACCUGCUAGAAUAGUACAGAAUGAGUGACAGUUUUUGUUACACAGUUGACAUUAGUACAUGCAUAGCAUCUUUUUUUAAUGCAUUUUAUAUUUUUCAAUUAUUUUUUAUAUUUUAUUUUUACUUAGAGCAGGCAUCAUUGCCAGGAGAGUUGUUUUGUGUGUGUAUAUACUGUAUGUGUAUACUGAGGAGGAAAGGAAUGCUUUAGGUUUUUUUAGAACUAGUCUUUACAUGGAAGAUCCAUCUUUAAAUCCAGGAGUGAAUAUCAUAAUCUAGAAUAAAAAAGACAUAGUUCCAGCUACAGGCAUGUUCUUAACUUGCCAUGUUAAGCCUACAGUAGUUAGAUAAAUUUGUUGUUGAACGUACCAUUUGUUUGUUGAUCCUGGCUUUUAAACCAAGGUAGAAUGUAAAAACUUUGUUAAAUAAAACCAUUAGUUUAGUUUUCAAAAUA